GGCUUGCUUUUAUUUUCAACGCGUCUCGUGAUUUUUAUCUUCCGUUUUCUGACUUUUCUUUUCUCCUUAAUUUAAUUCCUUCCCUUAUAUAAUAUUUCAACCUAAUUUAUCAUAAUUUUUAUUAAUUUUGCUUAUUAUUUUCGAAACGAAAAAAAAAAAAAAUCAGUGUUCAUUGAUCUCUUCAUCAUCGUCUCUUAGAUUGUGAGAGGAUAAAUGCUAGCUAGAUCCUCUCUCCGUGUGACCAAAACACAGAUCUUAAUUUAUUUUAAUUAUUUUUUUGUUUUAAUUUUUUAAAAUUUUUUUAAAAAUUUUUAGUUUGAGUUGCGGUUUUUGUGAGAGAUGAGUUGUUUUUCUUGCUUUGUUUCUCGUCGGAAAAAAGAUGGUAGCAGAGUUGAAGUUGAUAAUGGUUCUCGAUCUGCUACUACUCCAGGGAAUGGAGGAACGAGUUCAUCAGAGGGUGAAUGGAAGAGAGAAUGUUCGGAGGGAAAGGGGAAGAGUGUGAUGAGUAGCAAAAGUAGAACUGCUGCGGCUAGUUUUGGUUUUCGAGAGCUUGCGACAGCGACUAGGGGUUUUAAUGAAGCGAAUUUGAUUGGGGAAGGAGGUUUUGGAAAAGUUUUCAAGGGUCGGCUUUCAACUGGCGAGCUUGUUGCGGUUAAACAAUUAAGUCAUGAUGGUCGUCAAGGCUUUCAGGAGUUUGUGACUGAAGUUCUUAUGCUAAGUCUGCUGCAUCAUUCUAAUCUUGUUAAGUUGAUUGGCUAUUGCACGGAUGGAGAUCAAAGGCUUUUGGUUUAUGAAUACAUGCCUAUGGGGUGUCUUGAAGAUCAUCUUUUUGAUGUUCCACAAGACAAAGAACCUCUAAGUUGGAGUUCUCGAAUGAAGAUUGCUGUUGGAGCAGCUCGGGGCCUUGAGUAUCUCCAUUGCAAAGCAGAUCCUCCUGUUAUCUAUCGAGACUUGAAAUCUGCAAACAUCUUAUUAGACAAUGACUUCAGCCCAAAACUGUCAGAUUUCGGGCUUGCUAAACUAGGACCUGUUGGAGACAAUACUCAUGUUUCAACCAGAGUAAUGGGUACAUAUGGCUACUGUGCGCCAGAAUAUGCGAUGAGUGGCAAAUUAACUCUCAAAUCUGAUAUCUACAGCUUUGGCGUGGUUUUGUUGGAGUUGAUCACUGGACGCAGAGCAAUAGAUUCUACUAAAAAACCAGGAGAGCAAAACUUAGUUUCAUGGUCUCGCCCAUAUUUUAGUGACAGGAGAAAGUUUGUACAUAUGGCUGACCCUCUUCUGCAAGGACAAUUCCCCGUCCGAUGUUUGCAUCAAGCAAUUGCUAUUACUGCUAUGUGUCUCCAGGAGCAACCAAAAUUUCGUCCACUCAUCGGUGAUAUUGUUGUUGCACUAGAAUACCUAGCUUCUCAGAGUAUUGAAGCACAUUGAUAUGGUGCGCGCAGCCCACCGCUGCAACCAUCUUCCAAUAUGGAAAGAGAUUAAAUUUUACAGGUAUUAGAUUCUAGGUUAAGUUCCAUUUGUGUCCAUGAUUUUGAGUACAGAUUUCGUAUCAGCUUGGCAGUGUUUUAAAUGUUACAUAUUAUUGUUCUAGUUAAACUUAUUGGCAUAGCCCUAGUAAAGAUAAACUUAUUAUAGCAGUCGACAUUCAUUCUCGUGGAUCUUCUUAUUACAGUGACGUUACUUAGUGUUUAUUUAGCCUUUAAACUUCUUCCAGGCCCGUAUAACA